AUGGCAACCGAGUUGAACCGCCAGGCAAAUUCAAAUGGUGUUCCACUGGAAAAGGAUUUUUCGCACACUAGCAAUCACUAUGGAGACGGCAGCAAUCCGUAUCAUAUGAAUGAUAUUUCAAUGGGUUCAGAUGACGCAUUGAAAAGGAUCAGGACAGCUGGUAGUAUCAGUAUCAGUCCAGAAUUGUUCGAAAAGAUCUAUCUUUCUCCACAAAACACCGUGAAAGGUGAUUUAAGGAAAACCUUUGGAAACCCUACUCCAGUCGCAUUACUUGGGUUUUUAAUCUCCCUCUCACCAUUAUCAUGUGAUCUUAUGGGCUGGCGUGGAGCAGGUGGUAAUGGUGCGGCUGGAAUUGGCUCCUAUUACUUCUUUGGUGGACUCCUUAUGAUUGUUGGCGGCUUUCUCGAGUUUAUUCUAGGCAACACUUUUCCCUUUGUGGUAUUCAUCUCCUUCGGUGCCUUCUGGCUUACAUUUGCUUCCACACUACAGCCUUUCUAUGGCGCAUAUGGUCUUUACGCUCCUCCCGGCGGUACUGCAGCUGAUGGUCUCCAAACUGUUGGGUUCAACGCCUCUUUCGCAUUCUUUCUUAUUUUUAUGGGUGUACUUUGUCUCAUGUAUCUCGUCUGUUCUUUACGCACAAAUGUUGUUUUUGUAAUAAUCUUCUUUACAUUGGUUGUCGCCUUUGCACUUUUGUCGGCAAAAUAUUGGCACAUUGCAAAUGGCGUCGGCAAUACGGAUGCAGGUAAAUUGGCGUUGGCAGGCAGAUUGCAAAUUGCGGCUGGUGCGACUCUUUUUGUGACAUCAAUGGCGGGUUGGUGGAUCUUUUUUGCUAUCAUGCUGGCGGCGUUAGACUUUCCAUUCCAAAUCCCAGUGGGUGACCUUAGCACUUUGAUUAAAGGAGCAAGCGAGAGACAGAAAUCCAAGGAACAAAUGGCCUAG